GACAGAAGAAGACAAAAGCAGGUCGCGCGGUGCCACGGCGAGCCGAAACAGCAGCUGCAGCAGAGAAAUUCAUUCAUUGAAUUUUUAUUAAUUUUCCUCGCGAAAUCUAGUUAUUUCAUUUACUUGCAAGAAUAACCAACUAGUACUGGAUUUGUUUUGGUUUUGAUACGAUUCAAAACAAAGUCGCGAUUAGUGCUAAAAAUGUGAUUUUUAGACAGCAAAUUGUGUGACGCGGCCAUAUUUGAAAAUAUUUGUACGCUUAAAGCAAAAAGAGCCAGGAAAAUUACAUAAAUAUUGCGGAGCAAAAGCCUGCUGACUAAGUUACACAGUAUACGGAGUGUGCAAUGAUGGAUCGUAAGAAAGUACUCGAGCUUGAUAAGAUUUGCCGUGUUUGCAUUUCGGAGCGUAAGGAAAUGCGACCGCUGUUUAGCGAAAAAGUCCCCGAAAUGCUUAUGGACUGCACCAGUGUGCGUGUGGAGCCCACAGAGGGUUGGCCGGACAAGAUUUGCGUGCAGUGUGUGCACGCGGUGUCUCGUAAUCACGCUUUCAAAUCGCUGGUGGAGCGCAGCGACAAGGAACUGCGCGAGUAUAUCAAAAGCUUGACAGUCCGUCUAGACCAGUCACAGGCGCAAAAGCAGCAGGAACGGAAACAACAGAAACUUUUUCAGAAGCAACUCAAGCAACAGCAGAUCGAAGAACAGCAGCAACAACAACAACAGCAGGAGCACCAGCAACUUCUAGAACAACAGCAAUUGCAACAGCCAAUAAUGCUAAUGCAACAGGAACCACAGCAGCAACAACAACUGCAACACAAAACGAAGAUUAAACCUUUGCCUCGUAAGGGUGUACGUCAAGCCAAAAAGCAGCAGACUUCGCAGCAGCUGCAACUUCUUCCCGAACCUGCGCCUCCUCCAUUACAGGCAACACAUGUUCCUUUGCAAACACAACAUCAGCACCAACAGCAAUUGCAGCAACUUGCACAAUUGCCUACAUUGCAGCAAGCGCCGCAACAACUGAUGCCCACGACAACGGCCACAGCCCUGCCCCAACAAAUACUCUUGCCCAAUGGUCAGCUAAUUACGACAGCGCAACUUGUAGCCCCGCAACUCGCUCAAAUAAUAAGCACUGCGCCACAUACUGCUCCGAACGGAGCACCGACCACAACCACACUGACAGCAUCGCCACAGGCGCAGUUCAUGCCGCAACUAUUGCAAACGCCCAACGGACAGACGCUGCAGAUUGUGCAACAGCCGAAUGGUACACAGACGUUGCAAUUGGUGCAGCUUCUUCCCCAGCGCAGUCUCGCACCCGCCGUUACAACUUUAUCAACGACCACAACGACUAGCACGGACAUGUGCACGACCAAUUCCAACUCGCUGGCUGACGCUGAUGUUCAGCUGCUGGAUGAUGGCGAAGUGGACGAGGAGGAACUGGAUGAAGUGUACGAACAGCUGGACAGCAAGGGACAUACUUUUGAAACAAUCGUUUUAGAUGAUGAUCAGCAGCAGGACUUUCUAAAAGAUGCACAUCAUCAGGUUCUGAUAGAUGAGGACUUGACACAAAGCGAUACGCAAGACAACGAAUAUUUUGAGGAUUUAGAUCAACAGCAAGAGCAAGUUGAAGAUAUGUCUGAGCAGAUGCCGGUCAAGAAUGAUGACGAUGACGAUUUCAUAAUAGAGGAAAUUCAGCUGGACGAUGAUGACAUGUUGGAUGACGGUGAUCCCGAAGAUAGUGUCAUUCAUGUGCUAGAUCAGCCAGGUGGAAAUGAUGAUAUGGGCCAACCUGAGGACGACUGCGAGUACAUAACAGAUGAGCAGGAACACGGCAUAGGCGGGGAUGUGGAGGAUGAACUUCAGUACGCUAUAAUGGAACCACCAGACGGUGAGGCUACUGCGGACAUUGAGCAGGCAUUCAUCGAUACUGAUGCUGAAAUGCAACAGCAGCAACUGCAGCAUGAAAGUGUCGCCGAACUGCACGGCAUCUCGUUGGAAAACGCUGUUGUUGAAUUCAGCCAAUCAACUAACGAAACACUUGCGCCCACUCUCAAUGUAAGUACGCCAAGUCCCACGCCAAGUGCGGCGAAAAGAGCACGCCGUAGUAACCAACAGCAUCAGCAACCAACAAUGGUAGAGUGUAAUCAUCACCAAAGUACUCCCAGUCCCAUUAGCAACAAACUGGCCGCUGCCAAUUCCCGUCAACUGGUGCAGACCGCCUCAGUUAUUGCAGCCGCUGGCGCCGACGACAAUUAUGAGAUAGAUGCCAAUCUUGUCAGCGAGUUCAUACGCCAGCACACGUCGCCACUCGGCUCCGGCCGCUACCUUUGCCAUCUGUGCAGCACGGAGUUUCGGCAGUUUAAGGGCCUCCAGAACCAUAUGCAUUUACAUACGAAUUGGAUACGCGCCAAUUGCAAAAAGCAGCCGCAGUGCGAGAUCUGUUUAAAGAGCUUCAAGGGUCCGGGCAUGCUACGCAUGCACAUGAAGACCCAUGAUGCUGAAUCAAACACGCCCGUCUGCAAUAUUUGCAAUCGUACCUUCAAAUCAAAAGCCAUUCUCUAUCGUCACAGGCAAACGCAUCAGCAGCGUGCCUAUUGCUGUGGUGUAGCGAAUUGCCGCAAAAAUUUCUCCAAUGCAGUGAAUUUACGCAGCCAUGUGGAACGUAAGCACCAAGAUUGCAUUGAUCCACUGUACAAGUGUGGCGAGUGCUCCACUCUGUACGACAACAUCGAUAGUUUACAACAGCACGUGGAAACUACGGAUCAUGGCGCUGAUGCGGCCAAUGCAGGUUUCAGCGGUGCCGUCAGCAUUGUGAGCAACGGCACAGAUAUGUCGAAUCUGAUAGCAUCAGCACCCAAUACGCUAACAACUGCAGGCAGUGGAGACACUACAGCUGUGGUCGUGGGCUCUGCUGGCGAGGUUUACUUUGUGACGCAAGCGUAGCCAGCAGAUUUCGCCACUAUCGGCUCUGCAGAGUGUCUGAUUGGCAUGUAAAUUACACACAAGCACACAGACCUAUGCAUAUAAAUUCAUAUAGAUACUAUAUACAUAUAUUUUUGUACUAUCUAUACAUAAUUGCAAUCUUAGAAUUUUAACAAACGUAUGUCUGUAGUUUCAUCGUAAUUUUAAGUACUACUCGAAUUUGUGUGAAAGGAAAUGUACUAUAUUUUCGUAUGUAUAUUUAGGAAUCCACGAGUUAUUGUUUAGGCAUCGGAACAGAAGUAGCAGCAACGCUUUGAAUAAAUCUGUGUGUAAAUUUAAUUAUGCAAUGCAGGUGUAUUGUUAAGUAAUUACAUUUAUUAUUAAAUAGUUAGCGCAAACGGGAGCAAAACAAACUAAUGUUAUCCACAAAUUAUUUGCUGUAAAGAAUUUUGUGUCGACUUAAUGGGCCAAAAUCAAAUCGUUUUUAUUGAACUUUUGAUCAACCUCAAAGCGAUAAAAUUUCAAUAGCGUUAAAUCGGUUAUCAGCUUGAAAGUAAUGUAGCAAUUUUAAUGCAACAAUUUGAUUUUUAUUGUUAUAAAUUUUCAAUGUGGUUCUACUGUAUUUAC